GUCGUCGUGGUCGGCGGAGGAGGAUGCUGCGGCAGGCGGUGCACGGGGGGCUGCGCUGGUGGUGCCGGCGGCUGGGCUUGUUCGUGAGUCGGCACCCGGUCUUCUUCCUGACGGUGCCGGCCGUGCUGACGCUGGUGUUCGGCUGCAGCGCGCUGAGCCGCUUCCAGCCCGAGCGCGACCUGGAGCGGCUGCUGGCGCCCAGCCACAGCCUGGCCAAGGUGGAGCGGCGCCUGGCCGGCAGCCUCUUCCCGCUCGAGCGCUCCAAGGGCCGCCUCUACUCGGCCCUGCACCCGCCCGGCCGCUUCGGCCGCCUCCUGCUGCUGGCCGAGCCCGGCGCAGACAUCCUGCGGCGGGCCGGCGCGCUCCUGCAGAUCCACCGCGCCGUCCUGCGCCUGCAGGUGCGCCACCGCGGCUACAACUACACCUUCGCCCACCUCUGCGUGCUGCGCGCCGCCGGCGCCGACAAGCGCUGCGCCCUCGACGACAUCCUGGCCGUGCUCGAGGAGCUGGGCCCGCCCGCCGCCGCCGCCGCCCCCGGCGCCCCCAACCACACCGCCCCCCGCCCGCCGCUCAGCUACCCCAACGCCAAGCUCAAGGAUGGGCGGAUCACUUUCAUCGGCCACCAGCUCGGUGGAGUGCUGGAAGUCCCCAACAGUAAGGACCAGCGGGUGAAGUCUGCCCGAGCCAUCCAGAUUACCUACUACCUCCAGACCUACCACUCGGCCGCCCAGGACCUCAUCGGCGAGAAAUGGGAGAACGAGUUUUGCAAACUGAUGCACAAGCUGCAGUUCAGCUACCAGGAUUUGCAGCUGUCUGCCCUGGCCUCUUUCAGCCUGUGGAGGGACUUCCACAAGACGAGCUUCCUGGCCCGGGGCAAGAUCUUGGUCAGCCUCGUGCUGAUCCUGACCACGGCCAUCCUGUCCAGCUCCAUGAAAGACUGCCUCCGCAGCAAGCCCUUCCUGGGCCUCCUGGGCGUCCUCACCGUCUGCAUCUCCAGCGUCACAGCAGCCGGGAUCUUUUUCAUCACUGACGGGAAAUACAACUCGACGCUCUUGGGAAUCCCUUUCUUCGCAAUGGGACAUGGAACGAAAGGAGUAUUUGAACUUCUGUCAGGAUGGCGUCGCACCAAAGAGAGCUUGCCUUUCAAAGACCGGGUCGCAGAUGCCUAUGCAGACGUCAUGGUUUCGUACACAAUGACGAGCUCCCUGUACUUCAUCACUUUUGGGAUGGGGGCCAGUCCUUUCACCAACAUCGAGGCCAUCAAGAUCUUCUGCCAGAACAUGUGCGUGUCCAUCCUGCUGAACUACUUCUACAUCUUCUCUUUCUUCGGCUCGUGCCUGGUCUUCGCUGGGCAGCUGGAGCAGAACCGGUACCACAGCAUCUUCUGCUGUAAGAUCCCCUCAGUGGAAUAUCUGGAGAGGAAGCCGGUUUGGUUCCAGACCAUGAUGAGCGAUGGCUACCAGCACACUUCCCACCACGAGACAGACCCUUACCAAAACCACUUCAUCCAGCAUUUCCUACGGGAGCACUACAACGAGUGGAUCACCAACAUCUACGUCAAGCCAUUUGUGGUGAUUCUGUACCUCAUUUAUGCCUCGUUCUCGUUCAUGGGCUGCUUGCAGAUCAGCGAUGGGGCCAACAUUAUCAACCUCCUCUCCAGUGAUUCACCGAGUGUAUCCUAUGCAGUCAUCCAGCAGAAAUACUUCAGUAACUACAGCCCGGUGAUUGGCUUCUAUAUCUACGAGCCCCUCGAGUACUGGAACGGCACAGUGCAAGAAGACUUAAAAAAACUGAGCGAAGGCUUCAACACGCUCUCCUGGCUUCAGCAAUAUUACCAGUAUCUGAGAGCUGGGAACAUCAGUGCCACCAACAAGAGCGACUUCCUCAGCAUCCUCCAGAACUCCUUCUUAAGAAAGCCAGAAUACCAGCACUUCAAGAACGACAUCAUUUUCUCGAAGGCCGGCGAUGAGAGUAGCAUCAUAGCUUCCCGCAUCUAUCUUGUGGCUAGGACUAGUGAAAAAACGCAGAGGGACGUGAUAGAGUUACUGGAGAAGCUGAGGCCUCUGUCUCUGAAGCAGAGCAUCAAGUUCAUCGUGUUCAACCCAACCUUUGUUUUCAUGGACCAAUACAGUCUGUCAGUGACGAUGCCAGUCUUGAUUUCAGGUUUCGGCGUCUUGCUGGUGCUGCUGCUGACUUUCUUCCUGGUUAUCCACCCUCUGGGGAAUUUUUGGCUGAUUCUCACAGUCACCUCCAUCGAGCUGGGCGUCUUGGGCCUGAUGACUUUAUGGAACGUCGACAUGGAUUGCAUUUCUAUCUUGUGCCUUAUUUAUACUUUGAAUUUCUCCAUAGAUCACUGUGCGCCCCUGCUUUACACAUUCGUACUGGCGACGGAGCACACCCGAACUCAGUGCAUCAAAGGUGCAUUGCAAGAACACGGGACGGCCAUUUUGCAAAACAUUACUUCUUUUCUUAUCGGGUUGGUCCCCCUCCUUUUUGUGCCUUCGAACUUGACCUUCACACUGUUCAAAUGCUUGCUGCUCACCGGAAGUUGCACACUCCUGCACUGUUUUGUUAUUUUGCCCGUCUUUCUAACAUUUUUCCCACCCUCUAAAAAGCACCACAAGAAAAAGAAACGGGCCAAACGGAAGGAGCGGGAAGAGAUUGAAUGCAUAGAAGUCCAAGAGAAUCCCGAUCACGUGACCGCGGUCUGAAGGGUUGCACAAACAUAUGUAUAUUUUUUUAACACAACACAUGCAAAAUGUUGCAUUGAGCUGCAGGGAAAGUAGAGGAAAGAUCUCCGCCGCUUGCGCUGGCCGUGUGGAACAAGGCAGACGAUGUUCCAGUAAGGGGAUAUUUUUUCCACACACGGAGAUGAAAGCGUUUUUUUAAAAUGGUCACAAAAAAGAGGGGGAAAGAAAAUGAGGAGGAAAAACCUCCCACGUGGUUUUCUUUUAAUUGUGUAACUUUGCCAGGAAACAUUAAUCAGCAGUUCAAUAUUCUGAAUGGCCGAUUAAUCCACCAUUUUGCUACGUACAGGAUCAAGCGGGAGACGAGGGAGUCUCAAAAAUAAGCCGCGGAAGCAGUCGCUACCAAGGCAGAGCUGACAAGAGACAGCGUCGUCCAUAGUGCUGACCUUGGUGGUAUUUGGUUUUGUUUUUAAAAAACAAGGUGGUCAAAGUAAAACCUAUGCAGUUGGGGAAGUAGAUAUUCAACCAGUCUAAACCAAAGCUCUUCCCCCCUAUGGAACACUGUACCUAUCGACAUACCACAACUGGAAGGGGGGAUAUUAGUUCAGAGAGUAAAUUGUUGCCUGUCCCCCGGCCCAAUCUGAAGCUGCCCUUCAACCCAAAGUGAGCCUCUUCUGUCAGAGGCUGGAGGAUGGCUUCAGACUUGGCCUAGCGGAGGGGUAAGAUAUAAGCCGGGAUAGAUGGGACAGGGAUUGAUUAGAUGUCUUUUUGUUUCUAUGAAGCUGACUUUUGUCAGGUUUCCCAGUGUGGCUAGAGUGACCCUCGGCACAAGCGGCUGUCGCAGGUGUACUGAAAUCCCGAGAAACACCCCAGGUUUUGGCCACUGCAGUCUUACCUAUAAUUACCGCAGUGCUGUCCUUUUGACUCCGGCAUUCUCUGUACCAACAUUAGGCACAGAAUACUAAUCAGGCAGAUGUGUCAGCUGUAACAAUUGAUCACCAGCCUUAGACACAGCUGGAUGGUCGCUCUGUGCCUGAUAUCUUGAACGCAUCGCGGAGUUUCAAGGUGAAACAAUCCUGUUCCGUACCCUUCCUGUGUGCUCCUGUGUGUCUCCUUUGGCAAAACUGAUCAGUAAACUAUGCCUUUUGCCGUGAAGGGGGUGUGUGUGAGAGGGCAACACUAUUUUCAUGAACAUAAAAGCACUGAGCUCUUUUGGAAAGGCUUGUUUUUUGUAAAGUAUUUACGACUCAAUGCCUGAUAGGAUGUCUGCGACAAAACAAAGCUUUAUGGCUGUUGAGAAUUAUAGAUGAAUGCAGUAAAUUCUUCCCUUACUGCACGGGACUGGGAGUUGUGCUAUCACAAGCAGAUAGUUCCCUGCUUUAUAAAGCGUACAUGCUUAGUAGCAUAAGAGAAGGAAUGAAAAGAGAACGGGCCCAUAACACUCAGGGCGAUUUUUUUGUCCUGUUAAGCUACGUCUCUCUCUCUCUCUCUCUCUCUCUCGCUCUCGCUCUCUCUCUCCCAAAAGGGUUUCAGAAAGGGCUUGCUUCAUGCAUUCUUGAAUGCAACCUAACCUUGCAUAAACUAGCAAUGUCUUCCUUUAAAGAAAAAGCAACAUAUAUUCUGUACAUGAUCACUGUUUAAAUGCAUUGUCGGGGGGGCUGGGGGGAGGGGGAUUGCUGAUGCAUUGGUUCCGUUCGAAACAGAUCUGUGCGUUUAUAAAACUGUCGCGUAUUUGCACACAUGCGGUAUGGAUCCCAACCUCACCGGUACGGGAAGCUUGUAUGCACAAGUGGGGGCUGAGAUAAGGCUUAGCACAGCCUUCAAGU